AUAUGAACUAACCAAUGUUUAGUAGCUUUUUUGCAGUUUUUCAUUUCUUGUGAAAAGAACUGUCAAAUAGGUUUUUAUAUAAAAGUCAAACACGUUAUUCUGCGUUCCACUUAUUAUUCUGGAGGAAUUUUAAUUUUCUGUUUCUACAAUAAAUAUUUUUAUUUUGAUCUACAUAUGAAUGUACAUAAAAAACUGUCAACUGAAUUUUUAUUAAACUUAUACCAACGUCACGAUGUACCAUAUUCAAUUUUCUUGAAGUUAAUAUCAUUGAAUUUGAAUCCCUUUUUUAAAUUGGUAUAUUAGAAACUUCUUAUCUAACUUAUCUCUAUGUUAUUAUCUGUAGAUCAAAAUGUAUUUAAAGUCGAUAUCUCUGAAGUUUCUUGAGAUAUGACUGUCGAAAAAGUUAGAAAAGGUAUAAAAGGAGCAAACGUAUGUACGUAACGUUAAGAAAUGUCAAAAAAUUUAAUUUGCCAAACCGAAAUAAUUCUAAUAAAAAGAAUUAAGUUUUAGGGUGAAAAGUUAAAGACUCAAUUAUUAAUCAUAAAAAUUUGUCUUUGAAAAGAGUAGACAUUCUUUUUUUCAAUAACUCGUUGAUAACUGAAUUUUUGAAGCACGUUUCCAAGCAACUCUAUUUCCGAUAUCAAUACAUUUCAUGAAAUACUUUUAAAACUUUUCAAGUUCAAAACCUCUUUGUAGGUAAUUUUAUUGACAAUAGUGCCUCAAUAUACAUAUACUACAUGGCUAAUUACAACUGACACAUAAUACCUUCCCUUCCUCUACACCCACUCCAUACGCCUUCCGAGGCUCAGGCUCAAAUUCAAAUUAUAAAAAAUGUGUUUUUAAACAUCUGUUUUUAUUUGUUUAAUUAACGAAUGAUAUCUCCUUAAUGGCGCAAAACUAAAGUGACAGUAAAUUUCCGUGUUCAUUUAAACAUCGAUAUCAUGUGCAUUUCACAUCUUUCAUCCUCACAUUAAGUCUUUUUAUAUAUAUGUAUAUUCGAUUUCUGUACUCGUAUUUCGUUAAUAGUGAUCUUGUAGUAUCUAUUGUUUUAUAUAUUAUUUCGUAGAAAAACAAGAAAACAAUAAUUAACAAUAAUUAAAAUGACACACAGUGUACAUAAAAGUAAUAUUUUAGUGGUUGUUUGAUGUCUUUUACAUGAGUUCUCAAACAUCAAACUAUUUAAACAAGCCUUAGAAGCAUUAUGCAUUUGCUUUAGCAGCAAGUUGUCAAUGUCAACUUCCUAAAUCGAUGUUAUCAAAUACACACCUUCUCCAUUCAUCCAACAACUGAGGCAAAAAUUGACACUACACUUUGCGCAGUCCUACCACAAUAAUAACAAAAUAAACCCCAUCAUUACAAACCAUCGAUUUCUGCUCAACCCGUUUAACCCCGUCAAGUGAUUGUUAGAACUUCUAUUCUGGACUGGCACGCAUCGUUUGAGAAGUGGAAGGAGGAGAAAAUCAAUACCAAAAGUGGACAUCUGGCGAAGCGUGAAAUACAAUAUACUUGAAAUUGAAAUCCCACUUUAAUUAGCAGCAAUAAUAAAGCAGAAUAUUUGACCUGUAUUUGACGAGGAGCAAAAGUUAACAUAGAACCAAUUCUAUAUUCCAUCAAUUUUCACAAUGACCUAUCUAAAGCUAGGAAUAUGUGACUAUUUGAACUCAAAAGGGAUAUUUAUGAUAGCAGUUAUCACGCUGAUAUUGAAAUUUUCUGCGGCAGAUAAUUGUUUUCCAACCACAUUCGGGGUGCUUCUUUGGCUUUGGAUUCCACAGGUGUCAGCCGAAUGCCAAACUCGAACGAUCUAUUGCUAUGAAUGCGACUCAUGGACUGACGCACGUUGUCGCGAUCCCUUCAACUACACAGCUUUACCUAGGGAUCAACCACCUCUAACGACCUGCAGUGGAUGCUGCGUAAAAAUGGUGCGACACUCCAAAUCACCAUAUGAAGUUGUUCGUCGAAUGUGUACGUCUCAAUUACAAAUUAAUUUAUUUAUGGUCGAUCAUGUGUGCAUGAUGGAAAGUUCAGGCAAUGGACAUAUGUGCUUUUGUGAGGAAGAUAUGUGCAAUUCUAGUAAAAAUUUAUUACCAAAUCUAAAUCUUAAUUUUCUUGUGUUAAUCCCAUUUUCAAUUAUAGUUUUUAAUCAACUACGAAAACAAUUACAUACUCAAAUUAUUCAUAGUUAGAAAGAAAAUCUUAGUCAUUAUAAUUUCAAGUAGUUUUCGAGAUUCAAUCGUAUUAGAAGAAGAAAAAAAAACAAAGAUUAUUUUUCGAAUCACAGCAAUGCUUUAAACUCUCUUUAAUAGAAUUGAUUUAUUUUUGUUUGGUUUUAUAAUUUUUAUUUUUCUAAUAGGAUAAACUGAGUUAAUAUUAAAUAUAAAUACCUAAUAUUCCUAUGCAAUUUUUCAAAUACAAAUAUUAAGUCAGUUUAAAGACCAAAAUAUCGUACGUUCUGCUAUGUAGAUUACUAAAAAAACACCAUUAUUUGAACCUUCUAUUUAGGUAUAAAUAAUUGCAUGACAUUGUAAAGCAUGAUUUAACAUAAUUAAGAAUAAAUUCGUUGGACAUUCUAUAUUUUUUUUAAAUUAAAAAUAAGAUGUAUGUACGUAUAGUUAAAAGCAGCGUAAUUACAUAACAUAUUUAUGUAUAUCUAAAAGAUGCUCAUGAUUAUAAAAUAUAUAUAGGAUGUAAAUAAAUCAUAAACAUAUUUAUAUAGGAUAGGUUUUUUUCAAUUUUAUUUUCAUAAAUUGAGACAUACAUAUUUUUAUAAAUUACUACACAAAUCAUAUAAGAUUUUAUUCUGUAUCAUAAUCAAUGCGCUGAUCAAUGACAUGACGUUUUGGUAAGACAUAAUUUUAAAUCAUAACAUAUUACAUAACAACUCAUAUCAUAGCAUAGAAAUGCAAAAAAGACGACCGUAAGUUUUAAUGUAGUUUAAGGAAAAGUAUGAAUUUUGAAUGAAGCUGCAACUCCAAAAAACAAACGCUUUAGGGUUUGACAAAAUAAUUUUACUUGGUCAUAAGUUUUUGAUUUAAAUUCACGGAGUCCGUUGACAUUUUUUUAUUAUUCAUCGUCGUAAAUAACAUAAACUGUAUUUUAAAGUUAUUGGGCUUGAGAAUUAUUGAAAUACAAAAGAGUCGAACUGAAAACAAAGAGUCAAUGUAAAAUCAUCUCGAGAUACGAUUUUUCAGAUCCAGUGUUUCAAACUUUAAUUUUUCAGAAAACUCGAGUUCAUAUAUUGGAAAGUAAAAAUAAUAUUAAAUAAAUCUAAAUUACUUCAUUCAAAAGGUCAAAAUUUGUAAAAAUAAAUAUUUUAAAGUCACAAUUUUGUAGGUUCGGUGUACGAAAUGUUGAAUUGUUUCUGCUUAAAUGCUUACCUUUCUUUUCAGUUUUUUGAAAUCUCUUCCAAAAUUCCAUAACCAUCGAACUAAGCCAUAUUCUGUUUAAGCAGAUGUCGAUACAAAAUACUUGACAAAAACUUAUUAAAUACGUGAAAGAUGCUGGAAUAUUAAAAUUUGGAACAAUGUUUUCCAUUAUGUUUGACAUAAAAACAAAAAAUUGUCCAGAUGCUUCACAAAAUAAGAACUUACUUUAGACCUUUAAAUUAUUUUGUCACACAACUUCAAGGAAUAUAUUGCUAACUCAAAAAUAAAAGAAAAAAUGAGCUUAAAAAUUCAAAUUUAUUCUUCAAAUAAAAUUUUAUUGUUUUAAUUUUAUUUCAAAAAAAUUUUAAAUUCAUUAAAUUUACGAACAAAAAACAAAAAGGAUAUGUAUAUUUAUGUAUGUAUGUAUUUAUAUCAUAAACAAAUUUAUAGAUUUAGAUGUGCAUUCUAUAAGACAUAUAAUAUGCUUAUUUAAAAUAAUUUUAAAACAUCAUAACUCACAUGUGAUUAGAGAACCAUAUCAAACACUAUCGUUAUCGUUUAUUUUUGUUUUUAAAAUUGAGAAAUUCGUCAAAUUAACAUCUGUCACAUUUAUGGUUGCUUAAUAAAAAUCAUAAAAAGGUAAGGAAGGUUAGUUUCACACCAAGUAUUUAUAUCAAUUAACGGUAUUUUAGCACAGACAAUAUAUUUGGUACUUUUCAAGUACUCUCUAAAAAGCUUUAUUAUAGUUAUUAAACUGCUCUUUUUUGUUUAAAGCCUCGUAUAUGCUUCUUUAUUAGAUUUUCACCACAAAACACACGCCUUUGAAAAAAAUAA